AACAAUCACAAAUGGACCAUUCUAAUCUUCGUAGCCAAAACCCUAAUUCAUCAUCCACCACUUCCUCAUCCUCUUCCCCUUUCCAUGGUCACAAGAGCGAUACCGGAAACACAAAACGGUCAAGGUCAGAGUCCACGUUAUCGACGGAUCCUCAGAGCGUGGCGGCCCGUGAGAGACGGCACAGAAUCAGCGACCGUUUCAAAGUUCUACAAAGCAUGGUUCCUGGUGGUGCGAAGAUGGACACUGUCUCUAUGCUUGACGAAGCCAUUCGAUACGUAAAGUUCCUGAAAGCUCAGAUCUGGUUUCACCAAAACAUGCUUGUCUUCUUAAACGACCACGAAACCACGUCGUCUUGUACUUACUCUCCCGCCACCGGAGGAUACGAACCAACACUCUUUGGUUAUGAUGAAGGCUGUACCCAUGUAAAUGAGACGUACUCACAAGGCAUGCCACUUACGGUCAUGGACUCGGUGUAUUCGCCGUGGCUUCCGGUAGAUUAUGAGCAAGAACGUGGCUCAUCUUAAUCAUGUGAUUACAUUACAGUAUCAUACCGUUUUCCUUAUUGUCGCAAUCUUUAUAGUAACUUAGUUUAAGGUUUACAUGCAUUAAAAUCUAUAUAUUUGGAUAUUUCACUAUAAAUAUGUGAAUGAGACUAAUUAAUCAUUUAAACCUAGUACAAUAUUGGGUGUUUUCAUCAAAAUUAAUUGAGUUUUUUUGUGUUGCCAAUUUUACCGAGUAACUUGUGUCCAACUUUUAAAUUGAAAAAACUAAAACAAGUAAACGUCUUUUACCACACGACCUGUCGACCUUAUCUUAGCACACAAAACAACACGUCGUUCUGUUUAAACAAAUUAAAUAAAUAAACAACAA